GUUCAAGAUAUUAAUUAAUAUAAACCAACGUAAAAGUUUUAUCCAUGGUAAAGGUUGAGUAGGUUAUAACAGAAUAUAAAGAUUUAGAGUUUUUAACACGGUAGAGGAGUUUUUAAGGAUUUAUAUACAAAGUUAUAAACAUAAUAACAUAGAAAUGUCACAAAAUUCACGUUUUCGACAUAAUAACCGGCGAAAUCAGCAAAAGCACAAAACUGCUCAAGAUACUAAUUUUAGUGAGGAAUUAAAUCCCGUUGUAAAAGUAUUCCAGGAAUACGCGCUUGAGCUGGACGACAAACAUGAUCGAUAUGAACGAAUUGUGAAACUUAGCCGCGAUAUCACCAUUGAAUCAAAACGUAUAAUUUUUCUUUUACAUACCAUAGACGGUAGAAAAAACAAUCGUUCUAAAGUACUAGAAGAAGCCGAAAAACGCUUGACAAAAGUGAUUGAGGUAAAUUUCAAAUCUAUAGCUCUGGAGCUAACUGGACAGGAUCCCUAUCAAUACAGAUGCGCAUACUCACCGGGAUUGCAGGAAUUCAUUGAAGCCUAUAGUUUUAUGGAGUAUUACAAAAGUGGUGCUGAUGAAAAGCCAGGCAAAAUGUCGGAUUGGAUGUUUUUGCAACAAAAAAUGCAAUACGAACAAGAUGAUAAACUUAAUACAAUCACAGACGAUUCUCAGAAAUCAAUAGAAAGCUCAAAUCAACUGGAGAUAGAAACUGAUGUUAAAACUGUACCCCAAAAGUUUGAAUUCUUCGUUGACCCUACAGAAUAUAUUUUGGGAAUAGCUGAUCUAACUGGCGAAUUAAUGAGACGGUGCAUUAAUUCUUUGGGUAGUGGAGAAACGGAUGUGUGCUUGGAAACGUGCAAAGUUCUACAACAGCUAUACUCAGGGUAUAUAAGCCUUAAUGUACAACGUUGUCGAGAAUUAUCUCGUAAAAUUUAUACAAUGCGUCAAAGUGUUUUAAAAGCUGAAAAUGUUUGCUAUAACGUAAAAGUGCGUGGUGGAGAAGCAGCAAAAUGGGGUGCUGUGUUUGAAAAUAAAAUGAGCGAUGAUUUGGAUGAAGGAUUUUAUUAAAAGAAAAUUUAUAACAACAAUAAAUGAUUAUUGACUCACA